UGUAACUUCCGUGGCGCAAGUUAUAUUUUCACUGCAUGAACAAAGAUUUUUAAUUACGGUUUGUUGGAAAUGUUUAACUCCUUUACAAACAAAUUCAAAUCUUUCAUCUUUUCACCUCAAGCUGGAAACUCAAGAAAAAGAAAAAGACCAAUAGAUGAGAGUGAUGACACAGACUGUGAAAUAAUUGACGUAAAACGACCAAAGAGUUCAGAGCAAAACCCUCAAUUGGGUUACAACUUUUUUGCUAAGAUGGCUGACUGGGUUAAAAGUAAAUCAACCUGGAGUAGCAUGUUUGAUUUUAAAACAAAAGAACAAAGUAAAAGAAAUGGAAACUUACAUCAGAAUUUCACAAGUGAUGGAGACCUUGAGGUGUCAGGAAAACAUAAUGGUAACAGGAUACCAGUUGCCAAGAGGUCAAAUCAAGGUCAGACAAACUAUGGCAAAAGUCAGAUAAAAGUCAAGGAUGAAAGAAGUGACCAUGCUUCGUCUGAAAUACUUAGUUAUAAUGGUAAUAGUCAGGAAACGGGUGGAAAUUACAGAAGGGAUGGUGAUAUAAUAAAUGGUGAUGGACGAGAAACUCCUCCCGAUGACAUCAUUCAAGGACCAGGCCCAGGUUAUCAACAACAGAUUGGUAGAAAGUCUUAUGCAUCAGUAGUAAAGGGUUCUAUGGAGCCCAACAGCAGUGGUCAAGACAGUAUAAAACAGACCAAUCAUCGACCAGGGAGUGACAAAAGAAAGCAGAGAUCAUUGUUUGAGAAGAAAAAGCCUGAAGUACUUUUCACAGCAACUGAGACUGUACGACUAGAUGAAAAAGAAAGAUACAAGAUGUUGCUUCAACAGUAUACCAGUGUUCCACUUAAAUCCUCACAAACAGAUAAUGAUGUAAACCAAGAUUAUUGGCCAUCAGUAAAUAAAUCAAAAUCACACAGAUCAGAAGAAAGUUUGCUGGGAAACAGAACAAAUCAUUAUGUAACAAAAAUAGACAUUUCAAAAGAUAUUCCUCGUCAUAAAAUGACACCAAAAUACAUCCAACAUCCUCCCGGAUCAUCUAUGUUAGAGAGACACGUCUCCCCGAUAGAAAUGAUAAGAAAGACCUCUCUAAGUAGUAGCACUGUUCAAACUCCUACCUCAUUACCACAGAGACCACUCUUAGAAUCAACAAGACUACCAGAAACAUCCAUGUCAGAACUAUUUACAAAUGAACAAUCUCAAACAGGCAGAAAAACUUCACCUGAAAGAGAAUCAAUGAUAGAAAGAAGUAAAAGAAUUUCAACAGCCAACAAAGAUUACAGAAGUUCUCAGUAUUUAUCGGACAGUUGGGUCUCAGAAAUCAUGUCAAAAUAUUCAUCAUCAGCCAGAGAUAGAACUAGAAAAAUUGCUGAAGCAGAGCUGAAAGCAAAACUAUAUGAGGAAAGGAGAAAAGGUAAAGAUGAUGAUCUUGAGAAAAGGUUACGAAUACAAAUGAGAUUGUACGAGAAAGAGCCAGCAGUGACAGAAGAUUUACCUGUAGAGUUAUCUGAAGAGGAGGAAGAAAAAGAAGAAGUGCUACCUGAAAUAACUCCUGAAAUGGAUGAUGUUAUAAACAAAGCUUUACGAGGUCAACCUGCACAUGAAGUACUAGUAGAGGGGUACAGAAUACAAAUAACACGAGGUGAUAUAGCAACAUUAGCUGGCCUGAAUUGGUUAAAUGAUGAGGUGAUAAACUUUUAUAUGAACAUGUUAAUGGAAAGAGGAGAAAAGGACAAUUAUCCUAAAUGUUAUGCCUUUAAUACAUUUUUUUAUCCAAAAAUAAUGUCUGGUGGACAUUCCACAGUACGGCGAUGGACAAAGAAAGUAGAUAUAUUCAGUUAUGACUACUUGAUAGUUCCUGUACAUUUAGGAAUGCAUUGGUGUUUAUGUAUUGUAGACUUCAAAAAGAAAUGUAUUCAAUAUUACGACUCAAUGGGAGGUCAAAAUGUAAAAUGUUUAAAUGCAGUCAAGCAAUAUUUAUGUGAUGAAUGUAAAGACAAGAAAAAUCAACAGUUUGACCAGACAGGGUGGUCAACAGAAAUAGCUGAGGAUAUACCACAACAAAUGAAUGGUAGUGAUUGUGGAAUGUUUGCAUGUAAAUUUGCAGAUUAUAUAACAAGAGAGGCUAAUAUCACUUUUGAACAGAAACACAUGUCAUAUUUCAGACGAAGAAUGGUGUAUGAAAUUGUGAAGAAAAAUUUACUUCAAUGAUGACCAAUUAAUAGUUCAAAAUAUUUUAUGUGAUGCAAAGACCAUAUCAACAUGAGGUCUCACAAGGUUGAGGCAUUGAAUCGUCAGGAAUCCCCAUAUGAGUGGAAUAUUGCUUGGAUUAUUGUGAUCAAGUACUGGUACAUUUGUUGUGAUUAGCGAUGGAAUAUAGGGUUUUAGAUAAACAGAGAUCAAGUUGGGUCAAUUUUAAAGAAAGACUAGACAAUUUUCAUUUUUAUGCCCCUGCCGUAACGGAGGGGGCAUUAAGUUUAACCCUUGUCUGUCAGUCCGUACGUCCCAAAGUUGGUUUCCAUUCUCUAACUUUAGUUAGCCUCAACCAAAUGUUAUGAAACUCAUACACAAUGCUUAUUACCACAAAAUACAGAUCAAGUUUGAAUUUUGGUGGUGUCACUUUAACCGUUCUAGAGUUAUGCCCUUUUACAAAUGGAAAAAUUUGCUGAAUUUUUCGUUUCCGUUCUCUUACUAAAGUAAGCCUCAACUAAAUGUUAUGAAACUUAUACACAAUGCUUAUUACCACAAAAUACAGAUCAAGUUUGAAUUUUUGGGGUGUCACUUAUAUUGUUCUAGAGUAAUGCCCCUUUACAAAUGGAAAAAUUGCUGAAUUUUUCGCUCCUGUUCUCUAACUUAGGUUUGCCUCAACCAAAUUUAUGAAACUUAUACACAAUACUUAUUUCCAAAAAACUCAGAUCAAGUACAAAUUUGGGUAGGGUCACUUUUACCGUUCUUCAGUUAUGUCCCAUUAUAACUUUUUAUGAUAUGCAAGCGGGAGCAUCAUCUGUGUCCCAUGGACACAUGGACACAUUCCCCAUUUAUUUUUUUUUGGGGGGGGGGGGGGGGGGGGGUGAUGUUGAAGACUUCAUAUUACAUUAAACAAAUUAAAUGAUUUUAAGGACUGUUUUCAUUGAAUAUUAUUUUUGGGAGGAUAUCUCAAAAGGCAUGUGAACUGUCAGAGUAUACAAGUCAUGGUUUCCAAAACAAUCUUAUUUUUCAGACAAGUCUAAAAUUAUAAAUGAGUCUGAUCAAUAAUUGACUGUCUAGAAUAUUACUGGUAUUAAUGGACUUAAGGCUCACUCAUCUUAUAGUACAAAACGAAAUCAUUGUUUAAACAAUUUUUUUUCUGGACUUUUCCCUUAACAUAGGCAUGCUUUACCAAACAAUGUAUGAGAAAUUCCUGUAGAAAGUCUGAAUUAAGAUACCCUAUUAUCAAAUCCAUCUUUAACAUUGUUAAUUAGAUAGUUGGCUACUGAAUUUUUCACAGAACAAUUUCUCUUGGGUGUAAAAUAGAUAUGUCUUUAAAACAAUAAUAAACUAUCUGUAUAUGGUUUCUUUCUAUUCAUUUGAAUAUCACAAAAUUAAUCCCACUGAAGUCCCAGCAUUUAAAUAGAAUGCUUUGUCAGUUAAAAGUACAAAGUAAUCAUUUUCAAGCGUUCCUUUGGAUUUGUGUCCUUGACCUUGUUUGGCUAGAAUUCCAACAGUUGCAAAAGUAAAAUAAACUAAAAAUGGGAUAGAAAAAUGUAUGACUGUCACAACUUUUUAGUGGAAACCCUGUUGCAUGUGCUAAAAUUUCAAUGUUGUCAAGAAAUGUAUUUGAUAUUGAAUCUCAUGACAAGAAAAUUUCUAACUCUGAUAUGGUUAGAUCAGCACCAAAAUCAUUGUAACUGUUAUUUGUACAUAAUAGUCUUAUUAUUAAUAUGUACAAGGUAUAUGUGAGGUCCUUACUUGUUGAUGAUUGUUAAGUUUAUAUGAAAAUAUCAAUUAUAGUUUGAAGUACUUGUAUCUAUUUACUUGUAUGUGUAUAAUUUACAAAAAAAGGUACAAAUAUAUCAGCAUGGUCAUGAUUUUGUUGCAGAAAGACUAAUUGAUAGGAUUCUAUUCAACAAUCUGUUCCUGGUGAAGAAAUUUUUAAUUCUAAAGAAAGAUAAAUCAUAAGAAGUUCAAUGUGCUAUGAUCUGUGUCUGUUGAAGACAUUUUUUUAAGGAGGCAAAAUAGUGGUUAGCAAUGAGCUAUGAUCUGUAGCAGUUAAUUUUACAGAUACAAAAUGUAGUUACUGAUGCAAUACAAUUUCCUAUGAAUUGUUUCUACAAGUGCUAAAAAUUUACUAGUCAUCAAUAAAUGAAUUUGUUUGUAUUUUUUCUGUUCCAGUUGAUUAAAGGUGAGAUCUGUAGAAGAUUGAUGUCUAUAGAAUACUGCAUGAUGGGUGCAGGAUAAGGAAUAGAGCUUUAUUAAAUCACACUAAUUUAAUUCUUUCUUUAGAUUUACUUCAAGGCAAAAUGAGAGAUUUAGCUUUUAUCGUUUUCUUUUUUCCUUAAAUCCUUUCAAAGAACAGCAUACUGAAUGUGAUUUAUAAUUCUGUAAUACUUAUAGGUUUCUCCUUAAAAUUCAGACAAUAUUGUUAAAUUUCUUAAUAAACAAAAAUGGGUUUCAUGUUUCAAUUCCAUUAAUUUUGUCAAAAUAGUGAAAUAUUGACCAGAAUUUUAAGAAAUAAGAAAAUUGAAAUGUCUGUUAUCCAAAGUUUUUAAUGUAGACACAUUGAACUGAAAGCUCAGUAAGCAUGUCUUAAUUAUUGAUGUACAUACCCUAUCUGUAAAACUGUUGAGAACAUUGUAAAUAUGUAUAUAAUUUAUGCAUAGAUUAUCCACAGUAUAUCUGCUGUAGGUUGUAAAUUUAUGUGAUAAUAAUAAAAGGUAUGAAACAAAG